UUUUUCUCUUGUGAUGCUCUGCAGGUUUUCAGCACCGUCUGAUCGCACAGUCAGUGUCGUUUUUGGCUCUGUUUUCAAGGAGUUCAUUGUGCCAAGUUCUUUGAUCUUGGGUUAGCAGCUAGUAUCACAGUUACCAUGCAAGUUUAGUGGCUGUUUUGUGGGGUAUUUGGUUUGGCUAAAAAAGCAUUACCAAGCUGGUUUGAUGGCUAUUGCUGUCCUUUUGGUCUUUAACAUGCCAUCUCUUUGAAUUUUUUACAGAGCUUUCUGGGGUGCUGCAUCAGUGUCACGUUCUGGCAUCAGAAAUGGUCCAUUUCAUUCAUCAAAUGCAGUAUUACAUUACAUUUGAGGUACUGGAAUGUUCAUGGGAUGAACUCUGGAACAAGGUCCAACAAGCGCAGGACUUGGAUCACAUAAUUGCAGCUCAUGAAGUUUUUCUGGACACAAUCAUCGCUCGGUGCUUGCUGGAUAGUGACUCCAGGGUACUUCUCAACCAGCUUCGGGCUGUUUUUGAUCAGAUCAUUGAGCUCCAGAAUGCCCAAGAUGCAAUGUAUAGAGCUGCUUUGGAAGAGUUGCAGCUGAGGUUGCAAUUUGAAGAGCGAAAGAAACAGCGUGAGCUUGAGGGCGAAUGGGGUGUAACUGCGUCAGAAGAGGAGGAAGAGAACAAGAGGAUAAAAGAAUUUCAAGAAUCAGUACCCAAAAUGUGCUCGCAGCUUCGCAUACUUACUCAUUUUUACCAGGUGCCCCUUAGUUCUUUCUGUAGAUGGAUUUGAGGUUUUGAUACGUAGAAAUCAAUUUCAAAUGCAGCUUAGAUGUGACUACUGCAUUCCUGUGUGCCAUUUUUUGGAUGUGGUCUUCAGUUUUGCGGCUUUGUUUAGAAGUUUGUAUUCACUGUUCCUCAACAGAUUUUUGUGAUUAGCUGUGUUCCCCUGACAAAGAGGGAUAGGCUCUUCAUGUAGGUCUCCUCCUUCUUUCAGGAGGGGAAGGAAUGGUGGGGGUGUCUUGGUGUAAUCUGAGAAAA